AUAGUAUUUAAUAAAUUGCUUCAUUUCAUUACAGGUGACCAAACUAAUCAUGCCCUUCGAGCCAGGCAUAGCUAUUACAUACCUAGAUGCACGGCGCACUCUGAAAACUGCUGUAAGUCGGAGGUCAAUGUUGUCCUCCAAAAAGAGUAUGUUUUACCGACCGGUUCUAGUAAACGCGACUUAAAUGAACACGCCUCCUUUAGAAGUCUUGGAGAGUAUUACAAGAAAUAUGAACAUGAUGAAGUGCCCGUUAAAGAUUCCAACCAUGAAGAUUCAACUGUAGGCGACAAAGGAUCUUUAACUAAUUCGGAACUUGAUAAAUUAGAGUUGAAAAUAUUCAAGAACAUGUCACAGGAACUACAAACUGAAAACUCGCUCACAAGUUUGGAGUCAAACAUAAAAUUUUUCAGAACGACUGUUCAAGAGAUUUUUGAUAAUUUCUAUGCAAGUAUGCGUGACUUUGAAGUUUAUAAAAAGAGAUUUAACGAGAUUCUUGCUAAAAAUAAAGAGGACGCGUUAGCUGAUAUGGAAGAAUUCAUUAAAGAUAUGAUACACCACAUUAUGUCUUCGGAAACUCUAAUUUCUAAUGAGAGCAAGAAAUCGAAUGACUUUGCGGCCAUAUCGUUUAAAGACAAAGAAACUCAUAUAAGCAGCUUCGACGACGACUCCAGCUUCGAUACAACCACUAUUUCUACGGCGGAACACCUGCAUUCGGUAAUAGAAGCCUACAAGAAUGACAAUUAUCUCACGGAUUCCACUUUGACUGAUCGUUCUUCAAAACCAAAAAGUCGCUCUAACAAGGAAGAGAUCUUCAAUAUUUAUCUUUUAAGUGGAAACCCAUGCGUACAAAUUAAGAUGAAUGAACGAAACUUGCUAUCGGAAAUCAACAUAAAAGAGCCUUUUCUAAGCUCAAGUGAAGGUAAACCUGUUGCAUCUGCAGAGAACAUGGAGAGGCUGGCUGCUAAGAAGCUGGAGCUGAAGAACUAUGUCGAGCAACUACAGGACUAUAACGCGCCCGAUAGAGAAAUACCUGUCAAGGUUUCCUACGCCAAGAAAAAUAUACACCUCAAUGAGGACUUUUCCCAUGACCGGGAAAAUGAAAAAUCAUUUAUGUCUAAACUUUGUAAUUUUUUGUGCAGGAAAUUCCGCAAAACUACGUAUUCGUAA